AUGGUUCGAAGUGGGCUGCCACGUCCGGUUCGCCCUCAGACGCUGUCGUCGUUCCACGGCUUCACGGAACACGUGCGGUCGUCGCACGGCGUGGAGCGGACGCUGCUGUGCCGACUGUGCGGCCUUCAGCUGGGGACGCUGCAGGCCUUCUGGCGCCACCUGGACACCCACCAGCGGAGCCGAGCCUCCACCUGUGAGAUGUGCGGCAAGUCGUUCACCCGGGCCGACUACCUGAAGGUCCACCAGCGGCUGCACCAGGAGAGGGCCCCGCGCCCCGUCUGCCGCCAUUGCGGCCGUUCGUUCAGCUCCAGCAGUAACCUGCACACCCACCUGAAGCUGCACUCUGGCGAACGCCGGUUCGUCUGCCACUGCUGCAGUCGCCAGUUUCACCGGGCCGAUCGUCUCAAGAGUCACCUGGUCAAAGACCACGGUGAACGGUGCCAGCAGCCGGGGCGGCGUGUCAGAAACGUGUCGUGA